AUGGGGAAGAUGCCAUUUGAUGAUCAUGAUGAUAAUUCUACAAUGGUGGUAACGAAUUUAUUUAUGAAAGAUUUUACCAUUACAGAAAUGUGGAACCUUGAUGUGAUACGCAUUACUGAUCCGAUCAUUAAAAAAAGCAAGGAAGAAAAGGAUUUACAAAUGAAAAUGCAAUUUCAGAAUUCUGUUUUUCUAAAUAAUGAAGGACGCUAUGAAGUGGCAUUACCGUGGGCCGAAGAUCGUCUACCAUUACCUAAAAAUAAAGAAUUAGAACUUAAACGCCUGGAAACAACAACACAGAAACUUUGCUCUCAAAAUUUAAUUAAUCGAUAUGAUGAAGUUUUAAAAAAUUGGGAAGAUCUAGGCAUAAUCGAGGAAGUGAAACAAAGUGAAAAUAUUGAUAGCGGACACUACUUGCCCCACAGACCAGUGAUUAGAGAAAGCAGUUCUACUCCAGUACGGCCUGUGUUUGAUGCGUCUGCGAGAACUAAGUUUUCGCCGUCACUGAAUCAAUGUUUAGAAGCUGGACCCAAUUUAAUUGAAUUAAUCACAUCAUUUUAG